CAAUUGGAUUUAGCUGGUGAAGGCGGAGUUUACGAGAGUGAGCCGAUUCGGCGCAAUGACGUAGUGAGAUAUGAUGAAUCCAUGGACAAUGAUCUGACCUCGUCACAAGCAAAAUGGGCUACGCAAGCCAAGCAGCGUUUUAUCGAGGAGGCCUUUAAGACUCAACAGAUCAAAGAGCGCACAAAGGUACUGAAGAUAACCAAUCGUGAACCAGUCGAUUCCCUCUUUCCUAUGCUUAGCUUUGGCAUCACAUUUGGACUUUUAAAUUUGACUAAGUUUCUCCUCGUCUUUCUUGAAUCUAAUCCUACAGACAAUGUACACAGCAAGUUUAGUCUGUUAACAUUAUUCAUAUUCAUCAAGGCGGGCGUAUCUAUUCGCAAUUUUGGCCCUGCGCUGCAACGUUUAUUGAGGCCAUCGAUUUAUGGACUAUACUAG